AUGAUUGAUGAAGAAAGUAUAGAAACUCCUGGACUAGAGGUGGUCUCAAUGAGCCAUACACCUGCCAUUUCAAGAUCUUUGAAUGCUCGUCAUAUAACAAUGAUUGCCAUUGGUGGUACUGUUGGUACUGGACUCUUUAUCGGGGUCGCGCAAACGCUCAGAACCGGGCCCGUGACUGCCCUUGUUGCAUAUUUCUUUAUAUCAACCAUUUGUUACUCGGUAGUACAAUCAUUUGGUGAGAUGGUGGUUCAUCUACCGGUAAAUGGAUCAUUAUGUCAAUUCAAUAACCGGUUUCUUUCUCCAAACUUUGGUUCAAGUAUUGGACUUUUGUAUUGGUUUUCAUGGUCCAUGACAUUUGCUCUUGAAUUAUCAAUAGUGGCCCAACUUUUGACUUAUUGGCAGCCUAAAAUAGACAUUGGAUGGUGGAUAAUGGUGGUUUGGACCCUCUUAACAAUAGUAAACUUGCUCCCAAUCCGAUUCUAUGGAGAAAUCGAAUUUGGUGUAUCUGUCUUGAAAGUGGCUGCAAUUAUUAUGUGGCUGUGCUAUGCAACAUAUCUUGUAAGUCAUGAAUCCAUUGGAUUCAAAUAUUGGGAGAAUCCUGGAAUGUGGGGGGAUGGUAUAAUCUAUUCUGACUCCAAUCUCCCCUUAGCUAGAAGCUUGGCUUGGUUAAGCUCGUUAGUCAAUGCUGCAUUCACUUUCCAACUGAUUGAAUCCAUAGCUAUAACAAGUGGUGAUACAGAAAACCCAUCAAAGAAUAUCCCAAGAGCCAUCAAAACAUUAUUCUUCCGUAUCAUAGUCUUUUACAUAGUCACCUUGUUCUUGUUGGGGCUAUUGAUCCCGUAUAAUGAUCAACAUUUAGUACAACAUCCAACUGGUGGUGAUCUGGACCUGUAUAUCAACUCUUCUCCCUUUGUGGUUGCCCUAUCAUUACAUUCAAAUAUCCCCAACAUUACCAAUAUAUUCAAUUUGGUCAUAACCGUGACCAUAAUAUCGGCUGCAAAUUCAAAUAUUUAUCUUGGAUCUCGAUGUCUUUUAGCCCUAGCUGAAACAAAUGUACUUCCAUCAGCAAUUGCUAACCAAAUCGAAAAAACUUCAAGAUUUGGUGGCCCCUACGUGGCAGUUCUUGUCACCUCAAUCUUUGGAGUGUUGGCAUUCUCAGUCAAGUUCAAUUCAGGCACUGUCGUAUUCCAAUGGUUUUUAAAUAUUUGUGCAUCUGCUGGCUUGAUCAUGUGGGCAUGCAUCUGUGCAAGUCAUAUUCGAUUCAUGUCUGCCAUAUCUCUUGAUCAAACGUUCACUCGAGAUAUGUUGGUGUUCAAAGGGGCAUAUAUGCCAUAUGCAGCUUGGUACGCACUUGGAUGUAUUUGCGUAAUUUUAAUUCUUAAUGGGUUCCAAGUUUUUUUCAAUUUUUGCUGGCAAGAUUUUUUAGCAUCAUAUUUAAGUUUGAUCAUUUUUGCGGUCCUUUGGGGUUGGUUCCAGUAUUAUAAUGGUGGUCCUCUAUUGAUUCCUCUUGAUCAAAUUGACUUAUGGACCGGUAGUGAUAAGAUUCAUUUAGAGUAG